AUGGAGGCGGCAGGAGCGCUGGCCAGCUUGGCACCGUCGCCCAUCACCGUAUUGGGUCUGAUACCACUCCUGGCACUCGGGAUCACGUACUUCAGAUACCAACAAUUCGACCCGGAGUCUUAUAUUACGGAUGUCAAUACUGUGAUGCCGAUCUACGAUUUUGUGAUAGUCGGCGGCGGUUCCGCCGGUGCAGUAGUCGCGUCGCGGCUCUCCGAGAUCGGCAACUGGACUGUGCUGCUCCUGGAGGCCGGCCAAGACGAAACUGAGAUCUCUGACAUCCCCGCGCUCGCGGGCUACACACAGCUUUCCGAAAUGGACUGGCAGUUCCAGACCACGCCCUCUAACAACCGCUCCUACUGCCUCGCCAUGAACGGCGACCGCUGCAACUGGCCCAGAGGCAAAGUACUCGGUGGCUGCAGCGUGCUCAAUGCAAUGGUGUACGUGAGAGGCAACCGCAACGACUACGACCUCUGGGAAGCGCUGGGUAACCCCGGCUGGUCGUACGAUCAAGUGUUACCAUAUUUCCUCAAAUCCGAAGACAAUCGCAACCCGUACUUAGUAAACACACCGUACCACGCCGCCGGCGGAUACCUCACGGUCCAAGAAGCACCAUGGCGCACGCCAUUAUCGGUUACGUUCUUGAAAGGCGGAAUGGAACUUGGUUAUGAAAACCGUGACAUAAACGGAGCGAAACAGACGGGCUUCAUGUUGACCCAAGCGACGAUGCGGCGCGGCAGUCGAUGCAGCACGGCCAAGGCCUUCCUACGCCCUGUCAGGCAGAGGAGUAACUUACACGUAGCUCUAGGUGCUCAAGUUACUAGAAUUCUUAUCAAUCCUGUCAAAAAACAAGCAUACGGUGUAGAAUUCUUCCGAAAUGGUCAAAGGCACAAAGUACGAAUAAAACGAGAAGUGAUUAUGUCGGCUGGAGCUCUCGCGACCCCUAAAAUAAUGAUGUUAAGUGGAAUCGGACCGGCUGACCAUCUUAGAGAACAUGGUAUUCCUUUAGUAGCAAACCUGAAGGUAGGCCAUAACUUGCAGGAUCAUGUUGGACUUGGUGGUUUGACGUUUGUAGUCAACAAGCCUGUAACAUUCAAGAAGGAUCGCUUCCAAACAUUUAACGUCGCUAUGAACUACAUUUUGUACGAGAAGGGACCGAUGACAACGCAGGGCGUAGAGGGGCUAGCAUUCGUUAAUACUAAAUACGCGCCAUCUUCGGGCAACUGGCCUGACAUACAGUUCCACUUCGCUCCCAGUUCAGUGAAUUCUGACGGAGGAGAACAGAUCAGGAAGAUAUUGAACUUGCGGGACAGAGUAUACAACACAGUUUACAAACCAAUAGAAGACGCUGAGACUUGGACUAUACUUCCAUUGCUGUUGAGACCGAAGAGCUCCGGUUGGAUUAAACUCAAAAGCCGCAACCCGUUUGCUGCGCCGUCUAUUGAGCCUAACUACUUCGCUUACAAGGAAGACAUAAAAGUUUUGAUUGAAGGUAUAAAAAUAGCCAUGGCUUUGUCAAACACGACUGCUUUCCAGAGGUACGGGUCAAGGCCGCACAACAUAGCUAUGCCAGGAUGUCAGCAUCAUGUGUUAUUUAGUGACGAAUACUGGGAGUGCAGCUUGAAGCACUUCACGUUUACUAUCUACCAUCCUACUGGGACGUGUAAGAUGGGUCCCAAGCAGGAUAUAGAUGCUGUGGUAGACCCCAGGCUACGUGUGCAUGGCGUAGCUAACUUGAGAGUCGUCGACGCAAGUAUUAUGCCCACCAUCAUUAGUGGGAACCCCAACGCUCCUGUCAUCAUGAUCGCAGAAAAAGCAUCAGAUAUGAUUAAAGAGGACUGGCUUGUAUUAUGACAGUGUUAAUGAUAGUGAAUAAAAAUACUCAGUCAUGAACAAAAAUUAUUAUCUAGAAAUACUCGUUAAGUAAAUAUUAUUUUAUUGAAGGUAAUUAUUGCUAUUGUAAGUAAAAACUGUAAAUAUAAUAUUAAGGCUGUAGUGUACGUAAUUAUUUUACUUUUCGAGUCCAUUAGGCGUAUUGUAUUGUAAUAAAAAUUACCAAUCGCUGGUACGGUGUAUACAAUAAAACAUAAAAUAAUU